UUACAAAAGAUAUGUAAACGAAAAUUAGAAGAUUUAAUAUGAUUUAACUAGAAUAAAAAUAAAUAAAUAUAGAGUAAGUAUUAGUAACAAGAACAAGUUGAAGAGAUUAAAGCCCAACACUCCAUUUCUCGAGUUUUCCUUUCUUUUAUCAUUGGUGAGAUUAUCUUUUCAUUUUCCCGUACCCAUUCUUUACCCUAAUACCACUCCACGAUCCUCCGGUAACAGAUUGCUUGCUGUUGAAAAAAAAUAAAAAAAAUUAUAACCCUAAGUCCCUAAGUGUUUUACACUUUUAUCAGACCCUACCCCCCUCUAAUCUAUAUCCCUUUAAACAAACUUAAGACUUAUCAUAUGGUUUAAAAAAAAAAAAACUUAAGAUUUAUCAUAUCUCCAUUACUUUACCCACAAACACCUCUAUCCUAUGAUCAAAAGAUGGUCGAUUUUUUAUAUGGUUUGAUCCAAUCAUCCAAUUACUUUAUUGACCUAUGCCAUGGUGUCAAUGGUGCAAAUGCACCCUACUUGCUUCUUCCUAGAGUUCUUACUAUGUACAACACACGCACCAUUAAAGUUACAACCGAUAACAUCUUCUAUGCUCGAGUAUAUAAUUGAAUUCGUAACAUCCCGACUCCCAAAACAAUGAUCCUCUUUGUCAAAAGAACUUGAUUAAUAGUCCCCACCACUUUACCAUUGCCGAUUAAUAAAGUAACUCGAGUGAGUCCUCUCUCAACUUUUUGUACAACCCUACUUAUAUACAAAGUCUUGCACAAAGUCCACCUUUUUCCUAGCCUUUUUUCUCUUUCUCUAAUUAAACAAUGAAUUGACUCUAAAAUUUAGCACAGUAGUAGUAAAGAACAUCAUGAUUUUUAGAUUUUUGUUUUCCCAUCAUUUUUUUUUUUGAUUUAUAAUCACACCUUUCAACCACCAUAUUCUAUCGCACCACCAUUCACCCACUUCCCCAAAUUAAAUUCCUCAUACUUUUCACCUGAAUCAACAAAUUAAUACCCAACAACAACAAACUUCCCAAAAUUAUACAAAAUUAACCAAAAUUUUUAAUUAAUUUUUUGUUCCCCAAAUUCCAAUGCAAUAUACAGAAUUAGCAACAACAAAAUCAACAUGGAUUUGAGCAACAAAUUAACCCAAAUCCAAAAAAGGAAGAAAUGGUUCUUUCUAUUAUUACUUCCUUUCUUAAUUCUACUCUCCAUUUUCACUUCAUUUAACUCAAAAACCCCAUUUUACAAAACCCAUCAAUUCCAUCAAAAAAACCCUCAAAACCCUGAAUUUGUUGAAUCAAAGUUGAAAAUUUCACCAAUUUCCAAAAACCCGAUUCCAAAAAUUGCUUAUUUGAUCUCUGGUUCAAGGGGUGAUGGUGAAAGUUUGAAAAGAACAUUAAAAGCUCUUUACCAUCCAUUAAAUCAGUAUGCUGUUCAUCUUGAUUUAGAAGCUCCACCUGACGAAAGAUUGGAUUUAAUGGAUUUUGUAGAGAGAGAAAGUGUUUUUAGAGAGAUGGGAAAUGUUAGAGUUGUGGCAAAGAGUAAUUUGGUUACUUAUAGGGGACCCACUAUGGUGAGCAAUACACUUCAUGCUAUGGCUAUUUUGUUGAAGGAAGGUGGUACUUGGGAUUGGUUCAUCAAUUUGAGUGCUUCUGAUUAUCCUCUUGUAACACAGGAUGAUUUGCUGCAUGUAUUAUCAACCAUACCAAGAGAACUUAAUUUUAUUGAGCAUACUAGUGACAUUGGGUGGAAAGAGUAUCAGAGAGCAAGACCUGUUAUAAUCGACCCUGGGCUGUACAGCACUCAAAAAUCUGAUGUCUAUUGGGUCCCUGAAAGAAGAGGCAUUCCUACAGCAUUUAAAUUAUACACAGGUUCUGCUUGGAUGAUGCUUUCUCGGCCUUUUGUUGAGUAUUGCCUAUGGGGUUGGGACAACCUCCCAAGGACAGUUUUGAUGUAUUAUGCCAACUUUCUUUCCUCACCAGAGGGGUAUUUUCACACUGUUAUCUGCAAUGUUGAGGAGUUUAAGAACACAACAGUGAACCACGACUUACACUUCAUAUCAUGGGAUAAUCCUCCUAAGCAACAUCCACAUUUUCUGACAGUUGAUGACUAUGAGAAAAUGGUGGAAAGCAAUGCCCCCUUUGCCAGGAAAUUUGGUAGGAAAGAAGCUGUGAUGGAUAAGAUCGACGCUGAGCUUUUGGGAAGUGAUGACAGUGGGUUUGUGCCCGGAAAAUGGUUGGUCAGAGAAAAUGAAAACAGUACAGAUGGUUCUCUGUCUUACUCAGUGGCAAAUGGCACGAUUGAACUUAGGCCAGGUCCUGGUGCUGAUAGGCUCAAACGCCUCAUUAAAAAACUAUUAUCAAAGGAAAUUUUUUAUCCUAGGCAAUGCACCUCAAUUCCAUUAUGAUUCAGUCUCUGAAUCUCCCACUUCACACGGCUUUUUCUUGGUUCAAAUGAAUGCUGAGCAUCAACAGAAAAUAAGAACUGAUAGAUAUAUAUUUAUACUGGCUAGUUUACUGUCCCUGCUUCAUCUUUCAGGUCAGUUUACUUUUUGAGAUGUGAAAUUAGUUGCAACAUAUAGAUGGGUUACAUGGAUAUUGGUUUUUGUAUAUUCGAUCAAUGGUAUAGUCUUUCUCCAAACCUCUGUUUCAUUCAUAUGACAUGAACUAUGAAGUAUGCUUCAACUCCCAAUAGUCCCUUACCUAUCUAGUGCAUGUGAAGGUUUCACUCAGCACGGAGCAUGGUCUUAGGGUGCACACACUCUCUUGCACACCUAAAUUACAUGAUUUCAUAUUCUUCAAUAUACUUGAUUUGUAUACAUUGUUUCAUCACUCAUUUACCAACUCCGCCCUCGUAUAAGCAGCCUAUAGCUAGGAAUAAUGGUGAGUUUAAUAUAUUGGUUGGUUAGUUUUCCCUACUUGUAAUUUUUCAUUAGCUAUUGGGUGAUAGAACUUACUGCAAGAUUGAAUGAUGAAUUUGCUUCAUACAUAUGGUAUGCUGUACUCAAAUACAAAGAUUUAUAUAGAUAAUGUCUUUGUAGAUUAGUAAUAUUUGGACUUAACUUUAAUAUCUCGGAUUCUCGAAAUUAUUGGGAAGAUGUCUUUA